GAUCGUACUAUACACCGUUUGACUCCGAUUGGUCAGACCGUCACCCAAAAAGAAGAACCAACUUGUACCAACUUGCACCAAAAAUAUGGUACAAGGCGAUGAAAGGAAGGCCUGUGCCCAGCAUCAUUGGCACAACUGAAGCCCUUUUUACUCAACAUAAACAGACAAUGAAAUUCAGAACUGAUGGAUAUUGAUGCACUCACAGAGUGACUUCCUUCAGAUAGAGCAAGGCAUAGACAGCAGGACAGAGAUACAUGUCUCUAUGGCAUUCUCAGGCUGUUCACAAUCAGGUAGCAGUACAGGGCCUGGACCAUGUCAACCUCUAUUUGCUUAACAUGCUUUAUUUGCAGGGAGAUUAAUGCAAAACAACUUGCCAAACAAGAGACUGAUUAAUAUCUGGGGUGACAUGAUUGAUGGCAGUGAUGUGAAAUAGAAUGUUAACUAAUAUAUAAUCCCAUUGACCAGGCUGUCCGUGUUUACACUGCCAUUGCUGGGAAGUUAUUGAUUAAUCAACAUUAAGAGUGCAGUCUAUGUCCCAUCGAGUGGAGCACUACCCACUGGAGAGGUUAGAAAUGGGGCUGGUCAGGAUUGCUGCCUUGAAUCUCUUCAUCUUUCUUGUGAGUGGUGAAAAUGAAAAUGAUGGCAUCACAUGUAAUCCCAACAUUACAAUCAGAGAUGGGACGAUCACACUGUCCAAAGGUGGGGAAGUUGGGAGCAUCUUAAGGCACAUUUGUCCCUUCGGGCUUUAUCCUUAUCCAGUAAUAAGCCGAAUCUGCAGAAGAAAUGGGCGAUGGAGUUUAAUGAGAAAUGACCAUGGACAGAUCAUUUCGAAGGCAGAAUGCAGAGCAUUCAAGUGCCCGAUGCCUUCAAUUGAACAAGGAACAUUCUUUCCGAGCAGCAUGUUAUAUGCCGUGGGUGACACUGUCAGCUUUGAGUGCGACGAUGGAUACAGCCUGUGGGGCUUGAAGAGUAGAACCUGCAUGAUCAAUGGAAGAUGGAAUGGGACCACAGCCGUGUGCCAGGAUGGAUUGGAUUCCUGUCCUAAUCCUGGCAUUCCGGCAGGAAGCAUGAAAUCCGGCACUAACUACGGCUUCGACGACAAGGUCAAAUACCUGUGCCUCAACGAUCUUGUUCUGAUUGGCUCAAAUGAGAGGAUCUGCCUGGAGACUGGCGAAUGGAGUGGAUCGGAGCCUGUGUGUCAACACAAAUAUUCCUUUGACCUGCCAGAGGAGGUGGCUUCUUAUUUCUCUGCCUCAUUUUCACGCGUUCUGAGUGAGUCAAAGAUUAACUCUCAGGUUAAGGAGAAAGACGAGAGCCACGGCAGGAAGCUCAUACUGGGGCAAAAUCACAAACUUCAUAUUUACAUUCUCCUUGAUGUUUCUGGAAGCAUUCAGAAAGUGGAUUUUAAGAAAGCCAUUAAUGCCAUGACCACCUUUGUCACCAUGAUCAAACAAUUUGAAGUUGGGGUCAAUUACGGCCUGGUGAUGUUCGGCUCUCGGUCAUGUGUAGAGGUCAAUAUUGCUCAUGAUGACGUGAGUGACUCAGAUUCUGUGCUCCAAAUACUGCCUACUCUUAAGUACGAAGACAUCACAAGGUACAGCGAUGCAGGAACGAACAUGACCGGAGCUUUGAAAACGAUUUUCGAAAUGAUGGUUCUGAAGAAGGCAUCAAUGAAGGACAAACAGGCAGAAUGGAGGGAGGUCCGACACGCCAUCAUGAUCUUCACUGAUGGGAGGAAUAACAUGGGAGGAAAUCCCAAACCAAUGAUGGAUCGCAUUCGGAACUUCCUGGACAUUGAGAAAGUUGGAGAAGAGUUUCUUGAUGUCUACGGGUUUGGCCUUGGCAAUGAUGUUGACAAAGAGGAGAUCAACUCAGUUGCAUCUAAGAAGAAUAACGAGAGGCAUGUGUUCUCCAUUCAGACGGAGGACCUAACAACUGUCUUCAACUCGAUGCUAGAUCUCACUUCCGUUGGAAACCUGUGUGGUUUUGCCAAUAAAAGUUUAACUGUAAGCGAUCAGAGUUCCUUUCCGUGGUAUGCAGAAGUUCGCAGUAAUGACAAUCCGGACUUUCGAUGUUCUGGAUCCAUUGUGGGGGAUGAGUGGAUCCUAACAGCAGCCCAUUGCUUCGAAUAUCUGACCGAGGGAAACAUUAACAGCAGACUCAUUUUCGUUGGGGCUUCUGGUAAGAAGGUACAACUGAAAAUAGACAGAGUGAUAAAACACCCAAACUACAACCUGACUGGGAAGGUGGAAAUGGGCAUCCGGGAGUUUUACGAUUACGAUAUUGCCUUGGUUAAGAUAAAGUCAAAACUGAGCUUCACAACAAAUAUCAGACCGAUUUGCCUGCCAUGCACAGUGGGCACCAGCGUUGCUUUGAAGAUAUCUCAGACCAAACCAACCUGCACUGAUCAUGAGAAAGAACUGCUACCAACUUUGGGAACUGUUGAAGCCAAGUUUAUUCAGAAAAUUCGGAACCAUGCACUGAAAAACGUGAAGAUAAAAAUUGGUGCAUCGGAAAGAGCUUUGUGCGAGCAGGAUGCUACCAAUGCUGCCAUAUAUGUCAAUGUGAGCAAUGUCAAAGAUGUAGUCACUGACCGCUUUCUAUGCACGGGAGGAAGUAGAAAGAAUCCCGAGGCCAUCAGCUGUAAAGGAGAUUCAGGAGGACCCUUGUACAUUCAGAAACUAUACCGAUAUAUUCAGGUGGGAGUCGUAAGCUGGGGAGUCGUGAACAUGUGUGAAUAUUCCAAUCUGCCACACCAUGCCAGAGAUUUUCACAUCAAUUUGUUCAAGGUGCUGGACUGGUUGAAGCAGCACUUGGGCAACAGCACCAGAUUUCUGGACUAGUAGGUGUCACACUUCCCUUCCAGGUAGCCGAACAGAAUCCAGUUCCAUUUCUUCGAGCCUGCUGACUGAAAUCACUGCUGCACUUUUGAAUAAGUCUCGCCUACCUUGUGGCACAGUGAUUUUCUGAGCUGCUGGUUCCAAAUCAAUAUAUAUACACUCAUAUUUUACACUAUAAAUACACACACGUUAACCUACAUAAUGGGAGCAAUUCCCAGCAUGACAAUUUUCCCGUACUGGCUGGGAUCCCAUCAUGGUCCAGGAAUCUCCCGUUUCUGCAAAUUCCUAAAGAAUUACCACUCUGUGGCUUUACAGAGUCACAGCCUGAGGUGUCCCAACUCUGUUAUAGUAAGUGCAUGCAUUUCAGUGCAGACUACAAUUGGCCCAGAACAAGUGUUUAAAAUGUGCUGCAUGUGCUCAAUCGGAGUUUGUGUGUCAUUGUCAGCGUCAGCUAGCAGCACUAAAACAAGCAACUAGCUUGAUACAAACUGACAGUGAAGUUCAAAUCACCCAUUCUUACAGCUGUGCAGUCUGUAACAAAUUGCAAAUUCUUGUAUCCAUGCUAGCCAUGAUUUCUCAACUAUUCCUUCUGUAAAGCACGUUUCUGAUAUUUUAGUCAAUGAUAAAGACAAUCAGAAUAUUUCAGCAAGAUGAGAUUCUCAACUUCCAAUGUGGCUCAUUGAUUGUGAUAUUUAGUUGAUGAGCAUUGUCCUAUCAAAAAGAUCAAUAAA